UAGGGUGUGGUAGACCUGCUAUCUAUAAAUCAGGCCAGAGUGUAAGAGCAGUUGAAGUUGAAAGCGUAUGUUGUGACGCUUGUGUUUCUAAUCUCUCUGAUAGGAUGGCAACUGGAGCGGAUUCACCAUUGGUCCUUGUGACUGGGGCAACUGGGUUUGUCAGCAGCCACGUGAUCAAGCUGCUUCAGGAGGACGGCUACAAAGUCCGGGGGACUGUCAGAAGUUUACAGAAUGAAGAAAAGUUGAAACCCAUCAAAGAACUCUGCCCAGAUGCUCCACAAAAGGUAGAACUUGUAGAAGCUGAUUUGACAAAAGACGAAGGAUGGAAUGAUACUAUCGUAUCAACAAUAUACAGUACUGGAGAUACUUACCAUAACGCACGGACAGGUGAUACACAGACAGGAAUCACAAACAACGAGCAAUUUAAACUGAAUGAUUAA